AAGAGAGAGAUAGAGAGAAACACAUAAUGGCUCCAAGGUCGAAGACUUCUUUACCGGAACAAAACGGAACUCUACAACAUAUUACUCAUCCUCAUGUCCUUAUUAAGCAAACUUUUGAAGAUAUACAAAACGAGGGUUAUGAGAAUGAUGAGUUUGUAUGUGAUGGCUGCCGCAUUGAAGGUUCUGGUGCUAGAUACCAUUGCAAGCAAUGCAGUUUUGAUCUCCACGAGGAUUGUGCUACAUGUCCUGGAUUUCUCACGUCCUCCAUUCACCCUAACCACCCGUUGGAACUGAUAUGGGAGGGCGCCGAGAAUGAUCACGGCCAGUUGCGUCCUUGCGAUGUCUGUGGUAAUCAAGUCCAAGGUCUGUUCUACAAAUGUUCAUCCGGUGCUCCUGAAAAAAGAUAUGAUGACGGGAACCAUUAUUUUUUUAUCCACCCUACAUGCUCCAAAUUUCAACCGCAAUUGCACCAUCCGACCGAUGAAAACCACCCACUCAGGCUUCAACCAGUUCCGGUUAUUCCUGAUGGCAAUAUGAAUUCCCAGUGUGUAACGCUUCCAUAUAACAAUUAUCAGCAGGUUAUUCCUGAUGGCAAUAUCAAUCCCCAGUGUGCAGCUCUUCCAUAUAACAAUUAUCAUGGCAAUAUCAAUCCCCAGAGUGUAACUCUUCCAUAUAACGAUUAUCAGCAGGUUAGACCUAGUCCUUUGUCCCAGCAACAAGAAGCUCGUUCAUCUCAACGACAAGUAGACGAUGCUGGGAGAGAUGCAGAUGCUUUAGCUCCUGCUAAGUUUGCAGCUAAAAUGGCGGCUAAAGCAGGCAAAUUUAUUCUGUCCCAGCGACAAGAAUCUAGUUCGUCCCGACGACAAGUAGCCGGUACUGAGAAAGAUUCAGAUGCUUUAGCGGCUGCAAAGUACGCAGCUAAAAUGGCGUUUAAAGCAGGCAAAUAUGUUCUAUCCCAACGACAAGCUGCCGAUGGUAAGACAGAUUCAGAUUCUUCUGCGUCUGCUAAGUACGCAGCUGAAAUGGCCGCUAAAGCAGGAAAGUAUGUUAUGUCCCAACAACAAGAAGCUCGUCCACUUCAACGACAAGAAGCUCGUCCGUCCCAACGACAACAAAUAGACGACGCCGAGGCAGAUGGAGAUGCUUUAGCGGCUGCUAUGUACGAAGCUAAAAUGAGGGCUAAAACAAACAAAUUUAUUAUAAAAAAUCUCAUUUAAGUAGGGCACCCGAGUUUUAGCAUCUAGUAAAACUUCCUUCAUAUAAUAACAUUCUGUGUUUGGAUUGUAUGUAUAUCGUUUGUGUGGUGGUCUUUCGCCAAUCCAUUUCUCCGUUUUGAUAUGGGCUUGAUCAUGUUCAUGUCUGCCUCACUUUAGACAUUUGGUUUCCUAGCUAGUUGGAGGUUGAGGUUUAUGUUCGCCUCCAUUUUUCUGUUUCUUUUGAUUUCUCAAGUUUUUCUUUUCUUCUCAAACAUAAUAUAAUCAAAUCAAAUAAAAGUGUGAAAAAGUUAAGGGAAUCAUAUUUAUUUA